AUGUCUCUCAAGAACGACGACUUCCCCUCCUCGGCCGCGUUCGACGAAAUCUCGCGCUCGCUUUCCGCUUCCGACGCCGACCGCAAAGACGCCAUCAAGCAAGCCAAGGCAAUCUUCGCCUUCACACUCAAGAACAAAGCCGGAACACAAGAAACAUGGUACAUUGAUCUCAAGGAGACCGGUACCGUCGGAAAGGGCGCUGCGCCAGAAGGCAAGAAGGCUACCGCCACGCUAGUGCUGAGUGAUGAGGAGUUUGGGAAGCUGGUGCAGGGCAAGGGAAAUGCACAGCAGAUGUUUAUGAGUGGGAAAUUGAAGGUUAAAGGGAACGUCAUGGCUGCAACCCGCCUAGAGCCCGUCUUCAAGAAGGUACAGACACAGGCUAAGUUGUAG